GGUGUGGUCGUGGUGCUCUGUCAAAGCCAAUUGCGCUCUCACGGAGGGAAUGUCGUUCUGGGUGUCAACUUGGGAAUGACUCAAGUGACGGUCGCAUGUAUGGACACGCAUGAUAUUCCGCGGCCUAUUGCACGGUUAGAGGGCAAUGAAGCUUACAAGGCAUACAUGUCGGGCACACUGGACUCGUCGGAACAUGCUGAGUGAGUACCAUUCGACGUGCCUACCAAGUUUUUCAGAGUUGCCAUGUCGGGCUAUGCUGAUAGUAUGCUUUUGGCAGACUAUGGAGUGGACCCAUGCCACCCAAGCUUGCUCCCGAUGAGCAAGAGAAACAACUUGCUGCAUAUCUCUUCGCCGACGUCCUUCGAAAUGUCACGCAGACAGCUGCAAAGAUUGUUGGCGAGCCCACCAAGAUUGGUGUGAUAGCCGUACCCCACCGUGUCAAUCGGGCAACCUGGAACUCCAUCACGGUCGCGUCACACGAAGUCGGUGGCGCUUUCGGAGAUCGGGGCUUGCUUCGUAACGACAUGUCCAUGGCUGCAACCGGCUAUAUUCCAGAACACUGCAUCGCCAAGCACUCAUACCGAGGAGACGAAGGUGGUGAAUACUUUGUACUGGUCGUCAACCGUGAUGCUCAUCGUUUUGAGGUUGCAACAGUGGACCUUUCAGAUUUCGGUGCAAGCUUUGAAAGAUAUAAGGAGGUUGUUCAGACUCGACCGGACAUGACAGACUUCAACACAAACCAAGAUAAAGGAGCCCUGCAUAAUGCUAUCCAGGAACUGCUCAAAGAACAUCGCGCAAAUCCGACGUGGCGAGGGCCUCCAAACGAAAUUGCAGCUAUCAUCGUAGUGGGAGAGAUGAGCCCCAAGGCCAUGUCGCAAAUCUCGUCCACUAUCGCUUCUGCUCUCCCAGAGCACAAGGACAAGAUCCAGACUCAAGACUCAGAAUAUAAAGCUGCUUUCGGAGCUGUUUGUCAUGGAUACCAGAUCCUCACGCACUACCCAGAUGACGAUUGAGGUGGCUAUGAGUUGAGAUAGAUGUUGCUUCAUUACAGGACAUCAUUGGCGGGAACUCUCUAAAGACACAGUGGGUAUGCGGUUGUGGGCUGACGCUUUCGAUGACCAUACAUUGCAAGUUGGAUUAACGGAAGGGAUGGAAGGGUUCAGGGGACAAACCUGGCUGCAUGUAUUUUCCAAAUACCGGGCACCCCAACGACAGUAAUGCUUAGUAAUUCCUGACAUAACGGAACCAGGAAC